AUCAAAAUCUUGUGUUUGACCCUACGACUGGUAAGCUAAGAGUUACGAGCAGUCCAAAUCCAGAUAAUGUUGUUGCAACAAAAAUGGCUGCCAGUAGUACAAAGUUAGAAUCCACGUCAUCCGAGAAACUUGUGUUUGACCCUACGACUGGUAAGCUAAGAGUUACGAGCAGUCCAAAUCCAGAUAAAGUUGUUGCAACAAAAAUGGCUGCCAGUAGUACAAAGUUAGAAUCCACGUCAUCCGAGAAACUUGUGUUUGACCCUACGACUGGUAAGUUAAGAGUUACGAGCAGUCCAAAUCCAUAUAAUGUUGCUGCAACAAAAAUGGCUGCCAGUAGUACAAAGUUAGAAUCCACGUCAUCCGAGAAGAAAGUCAGCUUGUGUUUGAUCCUGUGACUGGUAAGCUAAGAGUUACGAGCAGUCCAAAUCCAGAUAAUGUUGCUGCAACAAAAAUGGCUGCCAGUAGUAUAAAGUUAUAAUCCACGUCAUCCGACAAAUAAGUGAGGUACAUUUAUGCAAAGUAGCAAAAGAAAAUCAAUGUAACAAAAGGGUAAAAAUUUUGGUAAUCAGUCAUUAAUUUGCUAAUAUUCAGACAAGCUGUAAGCAAAACAAACAUUUACAAGACUAGAUUUCUUUUACUCUCGUGCAGUUUAUUGUGUUAUCAUAAUCUUUUGCAUAUUCUUCCAUCAAGUUAAUAUUAAUUAUACCAGGCAUUUGAUUGA